AUGCCUGCAAUUCUUGCAUCCUCUUGCUCUAAGACCUCCAGCUCCAGCAAGGUCUCAAAGCCAUCCAGUAAGGUCUCAAAACCUCCUAGCAAUGUCAUCAAGCCUCCCAGCAACACUGUCAAGCCAUCCAGCAAGGUUGUCCCAUUGGGCAAGACAUCACAGAAAAAGUCAGCUCAGAUCAAUGGGCCUGUUCAGCAUGCACCAACAUCACAAGCCAAGCUGAGUGUGACAGUGCCUAUCGAAGACCUGGAGGAUCAUGUAGAUGAUGCAUCUGGGAAUGAAGGACAGAAUUUUGAGGAAGGUGAGGAGAGCACUAAUGAGCUAGGAUUUGGUAGCCUCGAGGACGACAUCCUAGAUGAGGGCAAGAGUGAGGCUGAAGGAGAGAGUGAUGGUGAGAGAGAGGAUGAGGAAGAAGAGAUACCACCAUGGAUACUCAAAGAGAAUUGGGUCCUUAACAUGUGCCAUAUGAUUGGCAAGGUUAUUCCUCAUGUCGUAUCACUCUUUACCCCAGUAGAUGUCAUUAUUCUUAGUCUUAAUGUCAAAAUCAAGGACCUCCCAUACAAGAGUAUAAAGGAAUCUCGAGGCACCAACAUGAACAAGAUUCACUAUGACAUUCUAACACUCUGCCUCAAAGACCCAGUCAAUGGUGUUAUCACACCUCCAAAAUCAGUGCAUAAAUGCCAACUAGGUUCUCGAUGCUCUCACUUAGACUUUUUUUAUUUUGCUGCAUAA